AAUAUUUUAACACUGCAUAAUUUAAACUGCCUGCAACAGAACAAUGAGUGAACUCUUCCCGCGUACUUUCCCCCUUCGCUGGCUGUUUAAAUACAGGAUGUGACGUUUACAACUCCGACAAACUGCCGUUUAAAAUACAGGAACAGGCUUUUAGGCUGCAGUGAGACCUCUUGUUUCAGAAACAAUCCGAAAAAUAGAAUUUAUCGUUAAAGCUUGAUAUCCGUAACGCAUUAAACGUAUUCCGUAAUCGGACGACUGUAGUAGUUAGGAAUAUUUAACUCUACUAAACGCUUUAUCAAAACAAGCAUCUUUUGGAUUAACGAGCUUUUAAACGACAACGUGUUUUUGUUGAAUUUCUGAGGCUAGAGCGAUGAAAAGGAAAGUAGCGAGACUGAAGCUUAGUCCGAACGAAGAGGCUCAGCUCAUAAAACAAGAACAUGAAAGAAGACGAAAACUGAGAUUGCAACAGGUCCGAGAGCAGGAGCGGUACAUCGCGCUGCAGAUCAGGAGGGAGGUGCAGCAGCGCCGCGACCUCGAGCUCCAGAACCUGGCCGAGGAGCUGAGGGCCGCGUGGCUGCGGCAGCGGGCGGAGAGAGUGCGGGCGCUCGAGUCGCUCUACCAGCACAGCCUGAGGGCCGUGGGAGAAGGCCACCGGCGCGCCAAAGAAAACGAACCUGAUCUGGCUGCAAUUGCACAGAAGAUGCUGCAGAGUAACGAGAAGGCUGAAGAGAGACACAGACACGCACUGAAAGAGUUAAAAACGCAAAGGCAGAAACAAAGUGAAGAGCAGACUAGACACUUGAAAGCUCGCAGAAAAGCUCUACUUGCAGAAAAAGAGAGGUCGGCAAAGAUUGCCAGUCUCCCACCUCCUCCUCCAGACCCUUUUGAAAACAUUAACGUAAAGAAGCUUCCUUCUGUCAAGAUGUAUGACGUCGACGGUUUUUCUGUCACUCAUUACCAUCUACCCGAGACGUGUGUGGACAGAGAAGCCGUGACGGAGCAGGCGGAUGCUCGGGCCGCAGCAGCAGUCGAGGGCAGGCGCCUCGAGGAGCUGGAGAAGGAAGAGGAGCAGGAGAGGAGGGAGCAGCUGGAGAAGGCCAGACUGAGGGGCAGCCAUGCCCUGCGAGUGGUCCAGCUCACCCAGGACCGGGAGAGACUGCUGAUGGAGCUUGAGCAGAUGCAGCAGGCAGAUCUGGCCAGGCGCAGGCAGGUUGUGGCACAGAUGCCUCCCCAACUCUUUGAACCUGCACACAAGCAACAAGAACUGAAAGAAGAAAAGCAGAGGGAUCUUGAGUUUGCCUUUGAAGACAUGUAUUCCGGAGAGAGAAGAGUAAAGGGUGACUUGGUUCUUCGCUUAGUCCCGGAACCACUUCCUGUGCCAUCCACAGGAAGUCGUGAUGGUGAAUUGGACGUAACCCUGGAGUCUGUGGUAACAUCUAAUGGCGAAGAGCACUCGGAAGAGAGCCAAUCGGUUCGCUUGCCAAGAAGAACAGAAGAUCAGGCCCAGGCCUCAAAACAAGCAUUAAAGCGACUACUGAGCAAGGUCCGGACCCAGAGAGACCAGUGGAGCUCCCGUAGUGAGGCUGAGACGGCUCCCGAAACCAUGACUAUCGAAUCGGGCUCCCUGGACAGUGAAGAGAGAGACGAGGAAAUAUCCACUUGUCCCAGAGAUGGACCCCCUCGUGCAAAACCUCCUGCAUUGGCUUCCCAGCCUGAAGGUCCUGAAACAUCAGAGGAGUCAAUUAUUGCUGGGAGUACGACCCUGCUGCAUCCUAGAGAACAAGCCAAUAAAUUACGUUCAGCUUCUGAGAAGAAAAAACAGGAGGAAGAGUUGGAAGUGCAAAAGCAAGAACAAGUUGCACUGCUACAGCACCUAGAGGAGCAGAAAAGGAUUUUGGAAGCUCAUUUACAGCAGGCUCUGGCAGACAGGGAGCGGCUACAGGCUGCGAUCCUGGAGAAUCCCGAGGGAAAUGAACAGCCUCAAUCCCAGAAAGAAGAACCAUCUGCUGCCACUGAGAAAAACAACGUCCUACUUUCUUCAUCUUCAGAGGAUGAACAUGUAAAGAAGAUUCGACAAUAUCAACAGCGCCUUCUGGAACAAAAUCGGCUUCAUAAACAGUCGGUGGAAGAAGCAAGACGGUGCCUUCAGGAUUAUCAGUUGAUGUUGAAGAAAAGAUAUCCGUCUUUUUCCACAACAGUGGUGAAUCCAUCUACUGAUGUAUCGGCACCUCAGCAACCUAUUAGUUUCCAGCAGGGUGGACUUCACAAUGGCCUCUUGGACUCGGGCUUACCAUUACCUGAAGCGACAGUAGAUCAGUAUUUGGAACCAAAGCAGCCCACUCAAUUGACGUUUAUUGUAAAUCCUAAAACAAACGGCAAUUUGCCCCCUGGCCCUUUUCCAUUAGGGACUCAUAAUGGCAGCUUACUCGCGCAGUCUCAAUCCAACAGCUCAAAAUGGUGUCAUUAUGAAACAUCUGACACUGACAAUAGGUUACAAACUUGCAUUCCAUCUACAUUUCCAAUUACUUCUGUCUUGGGUAGUGAUCCCUCUGGAGCUCAUGCACCAGCCCAGAACUCUGAUGGAGACUCGCAAAUUCGGCUGCCAGCACAACACUCGGGGAGGGAAUUUUAUCAAGACUUGCUGAAUGCAAAGACGCACCCAGUGCAUGAAACCUUUCAAGGAACCUUUGAAAUGCAGAGGUCAGAAGUAGAUGUGGGACAGCUUUUAAAAGUUGACACCAACUUUCAUGGUAUUGCUCUGCAAAAGGGUCAGCUGUCUUCAUUCGUGCCUCUGGAAACAUCCAACCCUGAGACCCAAAGACAUCCUUUACAAGGUGAAGCUCAUAUAUCGGACAAAGGUUCAAAUGUUUCACAGAUCGUGCAGGUGCCCGUCCUUCAUCAGGAACGGGAUUUAUUAAAACCAUCAGACCGCUGUAAAGAUAUAACAGUUGCUAUUUCAGAUGUUAGCACUUCAUCUCUUGUGGCCGCGACGCCUGUCCAGAGCCAGGGCAGGCUCCUGGUAUCGUCUACGGAGAUCUUGGCCCAGAAGCACCAGCUCCUGGAAACUCGGGAGAAGCUGGCAAGGCAGAGAGGAGAAGCUCUCCUCCAGCAGCAGAGAGUUCAAGAAGAAUUGCUGAUGCAAAAGCAGAACAAGCUGAAGGAACAGAUGAGCAGACAGCCAACAUCCUUGGAAGGAUUCCACACUUACAAGCUGUCGGCACAGCCCAGGCAGGAGACAUCUGUCUCAAAGAUCAAUAAAGCAGAACAGUUCCAUCUAAUGUCUUCAGUGCCGGAAUCUGAUAGUGCUCCUGUGCAGUCUCAGAGUGUGGAACUGAAGUUUAAUUUGUCUUCACAAGCAAAUCCCAAUACAUUUUCUCUCAACCAUCAGACAUUUGUGCCAAGUGGUUCCUCAUUUCAAAAUGAGUACCAAAGCCGAAACAGCCAACUAAACAGACCACAGAAACCACCUCUGGCCAAACCUAAACUGGGAAUUUUGGAAAUGAUUGAACAGCAUGAGCUUAGUGCAAUUCAGGAGGUCGAGACUCCAAUAAGCGACAGCCUUCCCAUAGAAGAGGACGUGGGAGAAGAUUCUAGUGUCACUGGAUGCCCAGUGGAGGUGGUCUCUUUCCAAACUGAGUACUCUGGUUCGUCUCAGAGUAGCACCAGGCAGCUUUCCAGUGCUGCUGAAUCAGGCUGUUCCAGUAAGCUGUCCUGGAGAGAGAGACUGCUGCUGGAGGCAAGUUCUUCCUCACAGCCUGCUGUUCCUGCUUUUUCAUCACCUGCUGCACAAAUGGAAUUGCCUAACUAUUCAUCCGAUAUUGGAAGAGGUGUACUGAGUUAUCCUGGUCCAGUUAUUCCAAGGUUUAAACCAAGAAGUGAGAUCAUGGUUCCUCCUUCGUCGGUGGAUCUAUUUUCCAUGCCAUCAGACCAAAAACCGUUAGACACGGAUUGUUUGUCUUCCACUACAAUUUCAACGGGAAGCUUUUCAACCAGUGAAGCAGACCUAAACUUUACAGGAACUGAUGCUUUCACGCAACCAACAGAUUAUACAAGAGCUAAAUUCUCUGAAGGCUCUCCAAAUACAUUGCUUGCCUCUUCUAAACCUAACACCAGUGAAGUCCUAAAACAUUUAUCACCCUCUUCAGAGUCUAUUAAUGGCAACAGCAUUCAACGCAUAAUCGACAAAUACACUAAAGAACUGAAUCACUCUUUGGAUGCUGUUGGGAAUUUUUAUGCACCUUCAGCUGGGAUGGAUAUAACAGAACUGGGGGAAUCUAAUUGUCAUACAUCCCUGCAGUUAACAAAGCAUGAUAACCAUCCUUUCCAACCUCUGAGUGCAAGAACGGAACUUGAAGUUUCAUGUUUGUCUACAGAAAUAUCUGUGGCACAGAAAACAAAGGAUAACUUUGAGGAUGUAGAUAAUUAUGAUCAAAGCAGUAGAGACAGUGCUGAUUUUGGAAAGGACCUCUCUAAACCAAGCACUAGCGUUACAGAAAAAGCUCCUGGUCUUUUUCUUCCUCUGGAGCCAAAACUUUACUAUGACACAUCUUCCUCAUCACAGCAAUCGGAAAGAGUGAUAGAGAUACAGCGCACUAAGGAGCCAAACUACACAGAUCAUGGAGACUUGACAGAUAGCCUUGCUGAUCACCCUUCCUCAGAGUCCGUGAAUGAAGGUCAGCUUGUGAAUUGUGUUUCAGCAACAACUGAAAAUGAAAUUUCAGGCGAUGUAGCCAUUUGUCUCUUGCCAUGGCUGUCUCCUACAACCUCAAGCCAGCAGCACCAGGCUCAACCAGGGUCAGAGGCUUCAAGCUCUUUAUGUGGACCACAGGAAAAACUCGCUGAGACGCCCAGAGCUGAACCUUCUCUGGGUUUGGGCAAGUGUGUGCUGGACUCUUCAAUGAACCUGGCUCCAGAGCAGCACAUCCAGGAAUCAUUCCAGGAGGUCCCUCAUGAUUUAAGAGACUCCUCAAUGGUGACAGCCUCUCAAGAGCAAAGUAUUUUUGUGGACCAAACUUCAGAGUCCUUCCAUCCUCUUCAUCCAGAAGUUUCCUUAAACGAGAACGCCGAGAACUCUGUCGCCUUUCAUGAAACGGAAAUGAGAUUCUCAGAGCAAGGCUUGCAAGAAAGCCAGGGCCAUUUUUCAGAUGUGAGCCAAUCCCAUGCAAAAGAAGGUACAGGUGAAAAUGAGCUCACUUCUGAGCUCACAUUGCAGCAAGACACUGACUUCUCAAGGAUUUCUGAGGAAUCGCUGGAAUGCUUCAGGCAGCAAAGUUUAGAAACUGCACAAAUACAGCUGGAGUUGCAAGAAUCAUUCUACCAACUUUCAACUACAGAGAGUAUGAUGGACCCAGUCUUGACAGAGCCUCCUGUUACUGCAGAGACUGACGUUUUAGAAUACAGCAUGUGCCACCUGUCUCUCAAUGACACACAACACUCUCCAAAGAAAGUAAUGGACAAUAAGACCACAGAGGAGGAAUCCUCUAAAGAGAGACAGUCUGCAAACUCGGGGCUGGUAUAUGAUGACCAUCAAGAUGUGCUGAAAAUGGAGCAUUUGGAUCACCAACCUAUAACAUUAAUGGGCGAAGGCUGUACAAACUUUAGCCUUCCUUUCUGGGAGACAGACUUUGGGAGAGGAAUCAUGGAGGAACCUGAACUGACUCUAAUGAGUCUAAAUGAAACAACUCUGCAAGAAGAGGAGCUAACCAGUAAUAAUAUGGAAGAAACCACAGGGGACAAAAGUGAAAAGCCUUAUUUGAGCAAGAGCCCUGAAUUGGAAAAUAUCACCAAGAGCUGCACAUCUAAGUCUUCAGUGGAUGGGAAUGGUUCUCUACCUGCGAUGUUUAAUACUUCUGAAGGAUUAAGGAGCUCAAGAGAUAAUUCAUCGUCUUGUGAAGCAGUGAUGUUCCUGGAGUUGCAUUCCUCAUCUGGUAGUUUACAGGAACUCUUCCUUCAGAAAAAGAAGAAUUUAAUUGAGAAGUCUGCUGAAAGGGUACAAGAGAUUAAAACUAGGAGACUCCAAUCAAGAAUGAUGCUGACUGUAAAACCUCUUGAAUCUCUUGCACAGAGCCAGAAAAUGAACUGCAAAGCACAAAUUUUACCCUCUGCAGGCAUGUGCGAAUUAAAGAGGGUGGGUGAAGUGAAGGUCUGCACUCCUGAACAGAGAAAGUUCUCCGAAAUGGCGAUGUACCAAAGAACAGAGAGGUUAUAUAACCAACUUGAAGAGGUGAAGCAGCAGAAGGAAAUUAAGAUGAGACGAGAAGCCUAUGCACAAAAUCGGGAAAAGGCGAAACAGUUUCAGCAGAAAACUCUGCAGAAAUUGAGAGAAAAGCGAACCCAACACUGAGUAUUUAAUUUCUAUUUUUAGUGUUUGUCUUGUAACUUAUUUGAAUUUUGUGAAUUAGACCAUUAUGUAUAUCUAAUUUAAAUGUGACUAACAGUAAUUAGAUUAACUGUAUUUGUAAAAUGUUUCUCUGAUUAAAGUGCCUUAAAAACA